AUGCACCAAAGAUCCCUUUCCAUCCGCAAACUGCCAAGUCCACAGGAGACAUUCCGCGUGAAGAAGACAAUAGGAACAAAUUUCUCCUUCGAAAUACCGAACAGCGGGCAAGUACCUUGCCAGUUCUCUCCACAGGAGAAGCUCAGUGGUUCGCCGCAAUUCCGGUCUCGACGCUCAAAGCGUUUGGACGAGGGAGAAAAGGAGGAAGAGGGAAUGGAGGACACCACGCAACGCUCGGGCCUGUUGCUCACAGCGUCUGGAAAUGGAGAAAGGGAGAGGGGCAGCGCC